CUUUACAGUUCUUACUGAAGCCACUGGACAGCUGUUGGACUACAAUCAUGAAACUGCUUCAAGACUACGAGGACACAAAGGCGACAAGAAAGAGUCUCAAACCUCAGGUGGAGAGACGUCGAAGGGAGAGAAUGAACCGCAGCCUGGAGAGUCUGAAGACUCUUCUGCUCCAGAAACAGGAGGAGACUCAACGCAGAGUGGAGAAAGCUGAGAUUCUCGAGCACACAGUUCUCUUCCUCCAGAAAACCGUCAAAGGAGACACGACAGGAGGAGGUGGUGGAGGAGGAGGAGGGGGAGGAGAGAAGCAGUCUUACCAAGACGGCUUCUCCACCUGCCUUCAGAGAGCAGCUCAGUUCCUGGGACCUCAGGGAAGAGGAUUGUGGGUCGGUGCAGCGCUGGACGCGUCUUUUGCGUCUCGUUUCCCCCGCUCACAUCCACAGACGCCGUCCCCCACCAGCCCUCUCCUCCUCAGAAAGUCCUCCAGAUCGAUGCUACAGCUGCUGAUGAACAGAUCCGGACACAGACUGUGCGCACAGACAGCGACACUCAGCUGUGUGCAGAACAGUGGCGCAGAGGUCCAUCCGUCUCCAUCAUCUCCGCAACAACAACAGCCUCCUCACAGACUGGUCAGCCAGUCGCUGUGGAGACCGUGGCCCUGAUCACAUCCUUUAAUUGACUCUGGCACGCUGAUUCACCCUCACACAGCAGCGUGUGUUGUUUCCAAAGACAUUUAUUUCAGUGCAAUGUAUCGAACAUGUGACAAAUCUGUAGAUACUGUAAACUAAGUGCUGCUAUCGUGCCCGCGCGGGCCAACACGUGACGUCUGUCUCCAAUCUUUCUGAUGUAUUUUGCACCUUAA